AUGGAGACUGAGAGUCAGAGGAGCUCUGGGGCCUUAGAAGAAACAACGGGGAAGGGAGCCCACAAAGGCAUGUCGAAGCCCAAUGGCCACGCCGAAGGAGUCCUUGGCCAGCUGCCUGGCGGGGAGACCUCCAGCUACACGGCCCCUGCUGGCGUCCCUCCCCACAGCCUGAAAUGGUCCCCUCCCCAGCCCAGAAGACCCCUGGCUCAGGAGCACCUGCCGGGCACCGAGAGGGGAGGUCCCGGCCCAGGUCGUGAUUCCCCCAAGCAGCCCAGGCGGGAAGGGCUCUCUGAGGAAGGAGACAUCUCACUGGUUGCCUCUGAGGCCCGGAUGAACCUAUGGGCAGCAUCGCGGGGAUCCCGGCUGGUCUCGGUGGCCCUGAAGUCUGGCGCCGUCAGGGACCGGGGUCGGGGUCGGGCCCGGCCCAUCCCGGACCCCGGGGGGGGGGGAGCUCUGAACUGGGAGGCUUCCCCUCCCCGCCCGCCCUCGACUCCGGGUCUCCGCCUCGGCGAGGUGAGGAGCGCAGGGGGUGGGGAGCAGGAGGACGGCACCCCCUCGGCCGCCAGCCCGGGCGCGGGCGCCCCGGUGCCCCCGCCUGGCCCCUUCCCUCCUCUCCUCCCGCCUUUCCUUCCCCUCGCCAGCCCGAAGCGGCCCUCAGCCCGGCUAAGCCUCAGUUUCCCCGGCGGCGCCUCGCGGGGCCGUGGGCCCGGGCCGGGGCUUCCGGCCGCCCGCGAGCCGGAGGCGGGGGGGGGGGGGCGUCCGGGCUGCUCCGCCCUCGGGGCUGGGGCUCGGGCCACCUUGCGCCGGCCCCGGGGCGGGGGCCACGCGGACGGGAAGCCGGCGAACCCACCUGCAACGCCGGCGGGGCCGGGGACGUCCUGCCCGGCGCGCGAGCUGCUCCACGGCGCGCUCCGGACCGCGGGGCUGGCAGCGCCCGGGCGCGGGACCCGGAGCCGGGACGGGCGGCGCCGGGCGGGCGGGCGGGCGGCCCGAGCCCCGCGGCCGAGUCUUCCCGGGCCGAGCGCGGCGGCGGCGGGCUCCGGAGCUCCCGGCCGCGGCUCCACUUCCUCCUCCGCCCGGCUCGGGCUCGCGCCGCUCAGCCUCGCGCCGCAGCCGCGGCCGCCCUCGCCGCUGUCAUCCUCGCCGCCUGCCGCCGCCGCCGCCGCCGCCGGAGCCGCGGCCGAAGACCCGCCGAGCCCAGCCGAGGCGAGCCGAGCGAGCGCCGCCCCACGCCCCGAGCGCGGCCACGCCCCGAGGGGCGGGGCCACCACCGCCGCACCCCCGAGGCGCCGACCGGGGCGGGACCACCACCGCCGCCACGCCCCCGAGGCGCCGACCGGGGCGGGGCCACCACCGCCGCCGCGCCUCCGAGGCUCCAGCCAGGGCGGAGCCGCCACCACCACCGCCACGCCUCCGAGGCUCCGACCGGGGCGGGGCCACCACCGCCGCCACGCCCCCGAGGCUCCGACCGGGGCGGGGCCACCACCACCGCCACGCCCCCGAGGCUCCGACCGGGGCGGGGCCACCACCGCCGCCACGCCCCCGAGGCUCCGACCGGGGCGGGGCCACCACCACCGCCACGCCCCCGAGGCUCCGACCGGGGCGGGGCCACCACCACCGCCACGCCCCCGAGGCGCCGACCGGGACGGGGCCACCACCACCGCCACGCCCCCGAGGCGCCGACCAGGGCGGGGCCACCACCACCGCCACGCCCCCGAGGCGCCGACCGGGGCGGGGCCACCACCGCCGCCGCGCCUCCGAGGCUCCAGCCAGGGCGGAGCCGCCACCACCACCGCCACGCCUCCGAGGCUCCGACCGGGGCGGGGCCACCACCGCCACGCCCCCGAGGCUCCAACUAGGGCGGGGCCACCACCGCCACGCCCCCGAGGCUCCGACCGGGGCGGGGCCACCACCGCCACGCCCCCGAGGCUCCAACUAGGGCGGGCCACCACCGCCGCCACGCCCCCGAGGCUCCGACCAGGGCGGGGCCACCACCGCCGCCACGCCCCCGAGGCUCCAGCCAGGGCGGGGCCACCACCGCCACGCCUCCGAGGCUCCAACCAGGGCGGGGCCACCACAGCCACGCCCCCAAGGCGCCGACCAGGGCGGGGCCACCACCGCCGCCGCGCCCCCGAGGCGCCGACCUGGGCGGGGCCACCACCGCCGCCACGCCCCCGAGGCGCCGACCUGGGCGGGGCCACCACCGCCGCCACGCCCCCGAGGCGCCGACCUGGGCGGGGCCACCACCGCCGCCACGCCCCCGAGGCGCCAGCCAGGGCGGGGCCACCACCGCCGCCACGCCCCCGAGGCUCCAACUAG